AUGCCUUCUUCCAAGAAGACUAUUAAAAAUAACAAAAGCACCCAGUUCAAUGAUGACUCGAUUUCACUUUCAUCUAAGUUGGAAUCCUGGUUAAAAAACAUAGAAGUUGAUGUCGAUCUCUAUAGAGAUGAACUUAACAGGGUUUUGGCUAAUAAAAAAUGUCGCUAUUACAGGAUAGUUGAUAGAAACUACUCUACUGAACAUGUGUCAGUCAAAUGGCUGAGGGAUGUCGAUGUUUUUAGGAGCCAUUCCAACGUCGAAAAGGCCUGCUAUGGAAUAGACGCCUCCAGUGCUGCCGUGGUGGACGCUCUGAGGCUUAAUAGACUUUGUGGCAACGACCAAGCGUGGAUUCUGGAUAUGUGCUGUGCACCUGGAGGGAAGCUGUUGGCCACCGUGAGCUGUUUGAGCAAACUCAAGGGCCCUUGUAAGUGGAAGGUUGUGGGACUGGACUCCGUCAAGCGGCGCCUUGACGUGUGCAGGUCCAUGUUGAGGAAGGAGGACUACGACUCAGACAAGAUCAACGUCACUCUCCACAGCUGCAGGUCCCAGGAGUUCUGCGAACUCGGCGGCGAGCCCAUGCUCGGGAGGUUCGACAGGGUGAUUUUGGACGUAGAGUGCACUCACGAGGGCUCCCUGCGGUCUGUGAUCCGCACGAUCAAGUACUGGGGGAUCGACUCGCUUGAGAGCAAGUGGACCCGGGAGUACGCCUCGAAGAUCGUAUAUAACCAGAGGGAGUUGCUCCAGCAGGCAAUCAAAUUAGUGAGGCCAGGCGGGCUCGUCGUGUAUAGUACAUGCUCCCUGGACAAAGAGCAGAACGAGCUGUUGGUUUCUGAGGUGGUGAGUCGACUUGACAACAUCAAGUUCUAUCCCCUUCCGGUAAACAGCUGUCCGUGUUGCUCGUUUAACUCUGAGGAGCGACCAGAGUCUUGGCCUUCCAUUCCCUGUACUGCCUUAUUGAGGGAACGUUGCAGUGACGAUGCCUUUUACAGGCCUAGUGAAUCAGAUACUCGUUGCAGAAACGCCGAUUCACCAGCAGCUGUCCGAUUCGUUCCCGUAGGAGGUGAAACUGAUGGCCUAUAUAUUUGCGCUCUCAUCAGAAUCGACUGA